AUGGUGCUCGAGGCGACAAUGAUAUGCAUUGAUAAUUCGGAAUGGAUGCGAAACGGUGAUUAUGCUCCUUCGAGGUUUCAAGCUCAGGCCGAUGCUGUCAAUCUGAUUUGUGGAGCUAAAACCCAGUCUAAUCCAGAGAAUACAGUAGGAGUUCUCACCAUGGCAGGGAAAGGUGUUCGCGUUUUGGUCACUCCUACUAGUGAUCUUGGCAAGAUUCUGGCAUGCAUGCAUGGUUUAGAAAUAGGUGGUGAGAUGAACCUGGCAGCUGGCAUUCAGGUGGCUCAAUUGGCCCUCAAACAUCGCCAGAACAAGAAACAGCAACAAAGGAUUAUUGUGUUUGCUGGAAGUACUGUCAAACAUGACAAAAAGUUUUUGGAGAUAAUCGGAAGGAGAUUAAAGAAGAACAGUGUAGCUCUCGAUAUCGUCAAUUUUGGUGAAGAAGAUGAGGAGAAGUCAGAGAAGCUAGAAGCCCUGUUUAAGACUGUGAACAAUAACGACACCAGCCACAUUGUUCAUGUUCCACCUGGUCCAAGUGCUCUUUCUGAUGUACUUAUAAGUACACCCAUCUUUACCGGAGAUGGGGAAGGUGGGAGUGGUUUUGCGGCAGCAGCAGCAGCAGCUGCCGCUGGUGGUGUCUCUGGUUUUGAUUUUGGUGUAGAUCCAAACCUGGAUCCUGAGCUUGCCCUUGCUCUUAGAGUUUCAAUGGAAGAAGAGAGGGCCAGACAAGAAGCAGCUGCUAAAAAGGCUUCUGAGGAUGCUUCCAAACAGGAAAAAGGAGGGGAAGCACAAUCCAGCUCACAAGAUGCAACUAUGACGGAGCGUGCCCGUGCUGGAACGUCUGAAGCUGAUAAUAAGAGUAAUGAUUUCAUGGAUGAUGAGAAUGCUCUGCUACAACAGGCCCUUGCAAUGUCGAUGGAUGAACCCACUUCCAGCCAUGAGAUGCGAGAUGCAGAUAUGUCUGAGGCAACUGGAGAGGAUCCAGAGUUGGCUCUAGCUCUUCAGUUGUCUGUGCAGGAGAGUGCAAAAGAUUCUGGUAGCCAGAAAGAUAUGAGUAAACUUUUGGCUGACCAAUCUUUUGUGUCUUCCAUCCUUGCCUCGCUUCCAGGGGUUGACCCAAAUGAUCCUUCAGUUAAAGAUUUGCUUGCUUCCAUGCAAAACCAGUCAGAGCCUGACCAGAAGAAGAAUGAAGACAAAGCAUCGAAAGAGGAGGAGAAAUGA